AUGUCUUUCCUCACAGAGAACGUCAUCCGCCGUGUCGCCCUUGCACCUCGCGUCAUCGCCUUCCAGGCUCCUCGAACAUUCACCACGAGCUUUGCUUUGCAGCGAACUGCCACAGAUGCUGUCAAGGACACUGCCAAGAAGGUUGAUCGUGUUGUGAGCGACAAGAUUGUCGACGGCAUUGAGGCUGGCGAAAACGCUGCCUCGAAAGCCAAGGAUGUUGCCCAGGAUGUGACUGGUGGCAGUGCCACCGGAAAGGCACAAGAGCUUCGAGGAGAGGCUGCUGGCAAGGCUCAGGAGCUCAAGGGUGAAGCCAAGGGCGCUGCUGAGCAGGCCAAGGGCAAGGUGAAGGGUGCAGCUGAGGAGGUUAAGGGCAAGUUGUAA